GGGCUUUCGCCCGCUUGUGUCAACCAAUCCGAUAUACAACUGGUGUGCUCGCUGUGAUAUAAACAUGACGAUAUUCAUUAUCCCCGAGCUUGCGUUCCGACUAUUAUUCCUUGACAAUGUUAUUCUUCCUUCAUCGCUCUUUGUGGAAGAUUUCUUUGGUGCAAAAUUAGACGAUACGCGAGUCACGUCACCGUUCGACUUUAACGCGCUAAUCUAUAUACAUAAAUUAAGUAUCAUAACAAAAUGUUUUACGUCAUUUCAACGACUCUAUUUCGAUUUCGACGGAUUUCAUUUUUAUAUAUUUUUGAAAUUCUGUUCGAAAAUAUGCGAGAAGGUAGUUUUGCUUAUUCCCGGCAAAUCGCCGUGUACCGAGCUAGUAGUGAAAAAGAACGUUCCCUAAGAUUUUUCAUGCAGGUUCAAGGUGAAGCCAUGUUACAGAAUAAGUCCCGCCCCUAAAGUCGUAGCGGAAUGCAAAGAUGCGUAGGGACAGGGACGGGUUUCCUUUUUACAGCACCUCCAAGAUCUCUAUAAGUACGAGAGGUUCGAGUCGAUCCUCGACCAGAAAUAAAGCAGCAUCUCGAAGCGUGUACACAGAAAGCUCGGACUCGUCAUGUUUAAAUUCAUUAUUCUAGCUGUCGCGGUCGCCGCGGCUAACGCCGCUCCAACAUCUCCAUCGACGGCCAAACAGGAAACUUCCGCCGAAUCUAUCCCCCUACCAACCCCUGCACCGGCUGUAGCACCGGCUCUAGCACCGGCUCCAGCUUCGUCACCUUCGGCAUUGGCUGCAGCAAGGUCUCCCGCAUCCGCAAAGGCUCUCACUACGAUAACCGAGAUAAAAACACCAGCCUCGACAACGAAACUAUCGCAUCUGGUAGCACCUCUAGCGACCUCCGUAGCUGCGGCCCCCAUUCUCUCGCCUCUACAGGUGUCUGCGUACGCUUACGCGUUGCCAGCACUGGCGCCGCUCGAACUAGCAGCAGCACCUUCCACUUACUCGAUCGAACAGCACGGAUAUCGCAUUAUCUACUGACGUCGUGAAUCGUGAAUCAUCGUUCGUUUUGGGAUU